CUGCCCUCCGCGCGUGUCCCUGCUGCGACGAUUGGAAAUGAUUGCCAUUCUUCACCCUAGAAUUACUAAGUCGUCACCUCAUCGCCCAGGAGCAAGUCUAUAUUACGCUGAGGGUCUAAGAAUGAGUGCAGUCAACAACUUCGCCCGCCUUCUCAUCGAAAGGCCGGCAGCAUGGCGCCCUUAGAUGAGGAUCCCUCGCGAGACCUGCUUCUGCAGCCCGCCAAAUAUCAUGCCAACGACUAUGGAUCGGUCUCAUCGUCGGAUCUCGAAGCACCAACUCAGCAGCAAGCCGUGCUCGACAGGUCCAUCGAAAAUGAGGUCCUGGAGGAAACGGCGGUGACGGGGCGCAACCUGGGCUGGAGCAGCGCAUACAUCCUCAUCAUGUCACGAGUCAUUGGCAGUGGCAUCUUUGCCACGCCGGGAGUUAUUGUGCAAUCUGUUGGAAGCGUGGGUCUUAGUUUGGUCUUGUGGCUUGUCGGAGCCAUCUUCGCGUGGUUCGGCUUGGCCAUCACCCUCGAAUAUGGCUGUAUGCUGCCCAGGUCUGGAGGAGACAAGGUCUAUCUUGAAUACGUAUACCGACGCCCUCGCUUCCUCGCUGCGACUCUGAUAGGCAUGCACUCGGUUCUCCUCGGCUUCACGGCGUCCAACUGCAUUGUCUUCGCCGAGUACGUGCUGUUCGCGCGUGGCGGAGAAGGGACACAGCUAGAGAUGAGGAUGUUGGCAGGCGGUCUGCUGACCUCGAUCGUUGUCAUGCAUUCCAUUUUCCUCCGAACUGGCAUUCUGAUUCAGAAUACUCUUGGCUGGCUCAAAAUCGGCUUGGUCGUCUUCAUGGUCUUCACGGGGGUUUUUGUCGUGUUUCUGCGACCUAGGGAUGCCGAUGCGUUGUCUCUUCCAGCGCAUAGUGCAGGAAUCUGGGAGGGCUCGAAUUGGAACUGGGGCAUUAUAUCAACGGCGUUCUUCAAAGUGUGGUAUUCCUACAAUGGGCUUCAGAACAUCAACAACGUCCUCAACGAAGUCAAGAAUCCAGUGAAGACGCUCAAAUCCGCGGCGUCGACAGCUCUACUCACAUCAUGCAUUCUGUAUCUUUUGAUCAACGUGGCCUACUUCCUGGUUGUGCCUCUCGACGAGAUCUCCCGAUCAGGCGAGCUCAUUGCAGCACUCUUCUUCCAACGAGUUUUCGGGGCACAGGCCGGACAAGUUAUCCUACCAGCCGCUGUCGCGCUCUCUGCCGCCGGUAAUGUCAUGGUCACGACUUUCAGCCAUGCACGUAUGAUCCAGGAGAUUGCACGUCAGGGCAUCCUACCAAUCGGACCUAUCGCCUCAUCUUCCAAACCCUUCGGUGCUCCUAUGGGCGCUCUUUUCAUCCAUUGGAUUCCAUCGAUGCUGGUCAUUUGCCUACCACCAGGCAACGUGUACUCCCUCAUCCUUGACAUCGAGGCGUUCCCAGCGCAGUUCUUCGCGAUUGCAAGUUCUUUCGGCAUCAUCUGGCUGCGCUGGCAGCGUCCGGAUCUACGCCGCCCGUACAAAGCAUUUCUACCCGCUGUGUGGAUCAGGAUUGCCCUUUCAGCGUCUUUGAUCCUGGCACCCUUCGCCCCUCGGCCGGGUCUGAAUUGGCGAGAGCAUCUUUCGGAGGUUAGCUACGCUCUGGUGGGAAGCACUGUGCUCUUGUUUGCCAUAAUGUAUUGGUAUGUGUGGGCGAAGCUUCUUCCUCGAUGGGGAGGCUAUCGGGUCGAGGAGGAGGCGGCGAUAUUAGACGACGGAACGACGACAUACAUCAGGCCUCAUGUUGCGCAAAAGGUGACUGUCCGCGACAUUGCCGGCGAGGAAGAGAAAUACACUCUCGAUAGCCACGGCUUCCAGAUCUAUACCCACGAAAGCAAGGAAAAGGACUUCCUCGACGACGACAAGAUCAAAGCAGAAUAUUAUCCCGAGACCGAGCAGCUGCUCAAGGAUGCCACCGGCGCUGUUCGCGUCUACAUCUUUGACCACACUAUCCGCCGUCAACCUAAAGACCGCUCUCAAGAUCCCACCAAAAUCCAAUUGCGUGGCCCAGUGAGGAGAGUGCACAUCGAUCAGUCUUACUCCGCGUCGGAAGACCGAGUGCGCCACCAUCUCCCCGAAGAAGCCGAGGGGUUGUUGAACAAACGCUUCCAGAUCAUUAAUGUCUGGCGGCCCAUCAAGACAAUCUUGAAAGACCCUCUGGCAGUCGCCGACUCCCACUCGGUUCCCGACACCGAUCUUGUUGGCACCGCGCUAAUCUAUCCCGAUCGACGCGGCGAGACGUACAGUGUGAAGGCGAACGACAAACACCAGUGGUACUACAAGUAUGGCCAGACGCCCAGCGAGGUGACUUUGAUCAAGUGCUUCGAUAACUUGGAUGAUGGUCGUGCGAAGAGAGUUCCGCACACUGCGUUUACCAACCCUGAUGAGGAGGACAAAUACGAUCGCGAGUCGAUUGAGGCGAGGUGUUUGGUCUUCUACGAUUAUUGA